GUCGUGGGAUCUUCACUACUGCCCCAUUCGAAAAAGGGGACUUCCUACUAGAGUACCAAGGUCAACUCAUUACCCAUCAGGAAUGUGAGAGGAGGCAGAGGAUCUACCAUGACAGCCUUAAGGACUUCAUGUUCAAGUUCCGUUUUGAUGGAAAACUCUGGUGUGUUGAUGCGGCUAAAGAGGACGGGACCUUGGGCAGACUGGCCAACGAUGACCAUGUAAACCCGAAUGCAAAGAUGAAGUACAUUAUGGUUGAAGGAAAGCCCCAUCUGUGCUUGUUUGCAAAACAUAGUAUAAGCCCUGGAGAGGAGAUCACAUAUGAUUAUGGUGAUUCAGACUGGCCAUGGAGAUAUAAGGAUGAUGCUGCAGGGACCCAUGGCAGUGAAAUGGUGGACAAGCCCCAUGACACUAAGAUGGCAGCAGGGACCCAUGACACUGAGAGGGUGGACAAGCCCCAUGACACUAAGAUGGCAGCAGGGACCCAUGACACUGAGAUGGUGAACAAGCCCCAUGACACUGAGAUGGCUGCAGGGUCAUGUCCAGAUCCAAGGAAUCCCAGCAGGGUUGGAAAGAUGAAAUCGCAGUAAGUGACACUGAGGCCAAGGACAGUGAGAGUGAUUCUGAUGCCACUGGCACAGCAUUCCCAGA